AUGUGUGGACCUCCACUUCCAUCCAUUGCUGACCCAACUACCAUCAUUACUCUCCGUAAGCCUGCACUAUCUUCCCCGACAGUUGAUCAAGAUAUCUCCGGCAAACUCUCCACAACCCAUCAAUCCCUUCCCGUUACAGUCACUCCAGAACGAGGGCUAUCAGAGCACACAAGGGUAUCCUCCAUACAAUCACAUGUGUUUAUCACAGCAGGUCCCCCAGUCUUAACGUUGCCAAGUAACCACGUCACUACUACCUCCACCUCUAACGAGGUAGUGUCCAGUACUGGCUACGUUACUACCAUUCUCGAUGGCCAGCCGACAACUGACAGGCCCGGGAAGCCAUCAGAUGCAAGCCAUGAUAUUCCAGAUGGAGAUGCCACCUUACCAAACACCCAAGUCGUCCCCAUUGCGUCUAAGCCAGCCUUUGUCACAACUUUACCUGGUGGCCUGGUGACUGCCAUUUCUUCCACCGAGCCUUUCUCACCAGGAACAGACCUCUCCGAGACAGUCUAUAAGCCCACCACUGACUCUCCUGGGGACGCCGACAGGAGUACCAAUACAAUAGUCACCCCCAGUACGACUAGUGGUGUUCCCACGGCUUCGACUCCAGACACAACUCUGCCCAUGAAUCAAACUCCUACAUCCCUCUUGGUUCCUACUGGCACUCUCUCAACAGCGAUCACUAGAACAGACGCUCCUAUCACGGCAACUUUCCCAACUGGGACACUUGAUUCCCUUCUCUCAUCCCAAGGCGCCACUGAUAGUGAACAUCACAGUCAGGAGCCCAGUUCCAUUGUUGCAUCUGUUCCGCCAACAUCGGUCGACCUCAUCCCAGACACUGAUCAGUCGAGUCGUACAGACGCCACCAAGUCAGAUGAUCCCCUUAAUAGUUCUCCCGUCACCAAGGAACGACUUACUACAGCUUCUGAGUCUCAGUCAACCGUCAACCCCGUAACCACAUUGCCUGAUGGUCAGGUCACAACACUGCCCAAGCAUAGUAAUAGUGAUAUUACAAAGGGUCCAAAGUCCACUGAAACGGCCGGAGUCGUUCCCCUUAUCAUCCCAAUCACAACACCAGUACCAGAUCCACAGGCAAGCGAUAAUGGUAUCAAGAUUCCCUGCGACAUGUGGUUCUUUGAUCUAUGUCUCGCUCCCAUUGGCGGAUGGAGCUUCGUGCUUCCUCCUGGGACGCAUCUACCUGGUCCCCAUCCGAUUAUCAAGAUCGACCCCACCGCACCUAUCAAGGUGGAUAUCACAGGGUCUAUCCCUUGGCCUGGAUUCACUAUCGACCCCGCCGGUAACCCAACCUUCUCCAGCAAGCCCAAAGACUGUAAGACUGAGACAGCUGAGAUGUGCAUCACCACCACUUCUUAUGGGGUUUCUGUUGAUGGGACUAUCACUUCUACAACAGCACAGAGUACUAUCUCCACUUGCGGCACCAUAUACGGCUGUGAUGUAGAAGGGGAAAAUUCCUCGAAAACCAUCUCUAAAACAACUACUGUUAGCACGGAGACCCCUACUGUAACGGCCACCAGGCUCACAUGGGAGGAAUGGGACAUCGAUGAGUAUACAGAAGCGCAGCUCAACGACAUAGCAGAUGCAGCACAAGCUCGACUCGAUAAAAAGUUUGGCAGACUCGCAUCUCCUACAUCCCAAGUCACAACGACCGAAGCUACUACCGAGUCUUUCCCCACACUCACCCGGGCUCCUUCUAUUGAUGCUCCAACGUCGUCUGGCUUCUCUUGCGUUUCGACAGCCACUUACACAGAAUGUGGAGGCUCUGGUAACCGACAAGCAUGUGUCGAGAAGCCCACUUGUGCAUCUUGGGUCAACACAGCAGCUGUUACCAUGACGACACCAGAAAUUACACCAUUCUGCGACGCGGGAUACGAAACCUACACGGCGACAGCACAUGCAGCAAUACCGACUCAGGGCGGUCCCCUAAAGUUUUUUAUCCCGGUCUCGGAUGAUAAAGGGUCGGAUUGGAAGUUUCUGAUUGAUGAUGAUGAUGUCAAAGAAGCCGUCAAGGGUUGGAAGGUUGGGAAUGACGAUGACGAUAAUAUUGAGAGUGGAGAUGGCGGGAAAGAUCUUGAGAUCAAGUGGAAAGUUCCCGAUGACUCCACUGGCACUUAUGUUGAGCUGCUGUUCGAAACAUCAGAUGUCGAUGUGAAAAGGUUCACCUUUACGGCAGAGGGCGGUAUCGUUGCUUGUAUGCCCAACUGCAAAGACGAUGCAACGACAACAACAGACGCCGAUGGCAUGGUAUGCACCCACUACCCGUGCCACUCUCCCAACUGCGAGCAAGGUCCCGCGCCUGAACCCCAGGCUGCCUGCGAGCUAGUCGAGGAUGGCCUUGCCGUUCCCCUCUUCUACACAGUGACAAUUGUGGCAAACGGCUACAGCUGGAUAGACGACGACGGGAAGAAGCUGAAGAGUGAAGAAAAAGGCUGUGGAGCAAUGACGGAUUGGCAUUCAAGUGCGAUUGAAGUUGAGACAGGGGAUGGAUGGACUGCGCGACAUAGGUUUACCUUCACCUUGCCGAUAACUAUCAAAGCGGGCUGUGUGGAAAGGGCAAUUGCAAGUGCCGGGGGGCCCUCGAAAAUUCAGUGCGACAACAAGGAGGGUAAUUUAUGGUGA